AUGGAGCGCACUUCAACUCUCUUGGCCGUCCUGUACCUCUUCCUGGUGGCCGCAGUGGCCUCCGCUGCCGUCACCUCCUCGGACAUCACCCCGUCAUCGGACGAACUGCUGGAAAAGACGUGGACGGUCUCCGCUGCGAGCCUCGACAAGCUCGAAGUUCAAGUGGCUGGCAACAUGUUCGUGGACUACGACAGUUCCCUCCAGUCUUCUGACGGAGUAGCAGCCAAGGUUGUGAUGCGCGCGAGCACAUCAAAGCUGCUGGAAGCGGUGGAUGUCACGGAUAUUGGAGGAGACAGUGCUGCUGCUGGCGUGGACAGCGGCGUCCGCUUGCACUACAAGAACCAGCAAGUGCACGUCGAGGGUCUCGUCACGACGCAGAUUUUACUGAGCAAGCCUAGUGCUUUACGCUCCGUCAGCGCAACCAAUACGCAAAACGUCGUUGUUGGAGAAGACGUCAUUGUGAACGAUGACAAAGCGGCAAGUCUGCAUUUCUCCACGCACGGCAGUGGCCACAUCUUCGUCGACUCAGGAGCCAACAGUUCAAUUGGGGUGCGCUCGGUCGGCAUUGCUGUUUCAGGCGACGGUGGUGUUCAGUUCCAGGCCACGUCACUUAAGGUCGCUGAACUCGUGGUUUCGUUGGUUGGCUCGGCUCACGUAGCUGUGCUGGCUGAGGAGAGCUUCACUGCUAACAAGCUGGAGUCUGCUGUCGCUGGAACUGGUAAGGUCUUUGUGCAGACACCAAGCCUUCAGGUUGAGACGCUCGCAACUGAGAUCGUGGGCAACGGCGAGGUUUCGUACGCUACAUCGGGCUCUUGCGGCACAGAGAGGAUCCGCCUCGCUGCUGAAGGCUCUGUGAACUCUGCGUCCAUUGUGUGCAAGGAUGCUGAUGUAAGCAUUAUCGGCGUUGGGGAAGUGGUGCUUCAAGCUACAGAGCGGCUAUCGGCCACAUUACUGCUAACGGGGUCGAUCAAGUAUGUGAACGGACGCCCCAAGUCGAUCCAGACGUCGGGCCUCGUGCUGGAGAACAGCAUCCAGCCGGCCGAUGCUAUCCCGUCCGCGCAGUACGCACCUCUCAGCCCACCCAACCGAGCUGCCACGGGCGUUUUUCUGACUGUGGAGACAGCCAACAACGAUGACAGUCCUUACGUCCACGUGCGGCCAGUGAUGGAACCGACGAUGAGACUGCAGAACUUGAGCUCCUCGCUGCCUGAGAGUAUGAGCGCUCUCGUGCUGUUCGAGGUGGCUCUUGUAGCCAUGGCGUUCGUCGCCUUCUCCGCGUUCAAGUUCAAGCAGCGCCGGAUGCGCAGCAGAUACCAGACGCUACUCCCGUGA